AUGUCUCCCGGUGUUAUACAAAAUUCCGAAACAGUUAUCAAUAAUACUCUAGAAGUUAUCACUAAUAACGGCGAUGUCUUACCUGGCUUAAGUAAUGAAAUUAAAACAUGCCCUAUCGACCAUCUUGUUUUGGCUGAAGUCAGCAACGGUCAAAAUGGCGUGAAUAGCAAAAAUGAUGACAACGCUGAAGUCAAAAUUCUUAUACAAAAACUUGAUAGAAAACAACCACGUAAAGUAACAAGACCAAAAGUGUUAAAAAAUUACGAAUCACGGGAGUAUUUGUAUGAUAGGCUCUAUGAUACUACGUGUCCAAGGGUGCCCACAUUAUGCAACGAGAGGGCCUGCCUGGGGAGUUUGAUGGCCAUACCUGGCCGCGGGGAUGUACCGAGAAGUCCUGAGGAAGUCCUUAAUGAUGCAAAAGAUUUCCUUGGUCAAUACUUUGCUUCAAUACGAAGAGCUAAUACUGUAGCCCACGAAGCUCGUUGGAAGGUUGUGCAAGAAGAAGUAGUGAAAACUGGGACAUACCAACUAACAACUACCGAGCUCGUGUUUGGCGCUAAGUUAGCUUGGAGGAACGCUAGCCGAUGCAUUGGCAGAAUACAGUGGUCUAAACUGCAAGUAUUUGACUGCCGCCAAGUGACAACCACGAGCGGAAUGUUCGAAGCGCUGUGCAAUCAUAUAAAAUACAGCACCAAUAAAGGAAAUAUCAGGUCAGCGAUAACUGUCUUCCCACAACGCACGGAUGGCAAGCACGACUACAGAAUAUGGAACAGCCAGCUCAUCAGCUAUGCCGGGUACAAACUACCCGAUGGUACUGUUCUAGGCGACCCUAUGCAUUGCGAGUUCACUGAGCUUUGCAUCAAACUGGGGUGGAAGCCGCCUCGCACCGCGUGGGACAUCCUGCCGCUUGUUCUGUCCGCGAAUGGUAAAGACCCCGACUACUUCGAGAUCCCUCGGGAGCUCGUCAUGGAGAUACAUAUGACUCAUCCUACGCAAGAUUGGUUCGAAGAACUCCAGCUACGUUGGUACGCACUGCCCGCGGUGUCGAACAUGCGUUUCGACUGCGGCGGCAUAGAGUUCACAGCGAACGCCUUUAACGGCUGGUACAUGAGCACUGAGAUCGGCUGCCGGAACUUCUGUGAUACUAACCGCUUGAACAUGCUUGAGAAAGUAGCACAAAAGAUGGGCCUAGAUACGCGUACGCCAGUGAACCUGUGGAAGGAUAAGGCGUUAGUGGAAGUAAAUGUCGCUGUUCUUCAUAGCUUCCAACAGCACAAUGCAACUAUUGUCGAUCAUCACACUGCCUCCGAAAGCUUCAUCAAGCAUUUGGAUAAUGAGAACAGGUUACGCUCCGGCUGUCCGGCGGACUGGAUAUGGAUCGUGCCGCCGAUGUCGUCAUCCAUCACUCCGGUAUUUCAUCAAGAGAUGGCGCUCUACUACUUGCGACCAGCUUACGAAUAUCAGGAACCAGCGUGGAAAACCCAUCAGUGGCAAAAGUCAAAGCCGAUCACCGGCAAGAGGCCCAUAAAUAGAAAGUUCCACUUCAAGCAGAUUGCGCGCGCCGUCAAAUUCACAUCCAAACUCUUUGGACGAGCGCUUUCUAAGAGGAUUAAAGCGACAGUUUUGUACGCGACGGAGACCGGCAAGUCUGAGCAGUAUGCCAAGGAGCUAGGGGUCAUAUUCGGACACGCUUUCAACGCUCAGGUUCAUUGUAUGAUGGAUUACGAUAUUACGUCUAUUGAGCAUGAGGCGCUGCUGUUGGUCGUGACUUCGACUUUCGGUAAUGGAGAUCCUCCGGAAAAUGGCGUUGCUUUUGGGGAGCAACUGUGCGAAAUUUUAUAUUCAGAUCAAGAGGGCACCGGGGGCUCUCAAAUGCUAACACCAAAAUCUUUCAUCAAAGCAAAUAGCCAAAUUGAACUUCAGAGAUAUGCCGUUGCUAAUCCAAAGCAACUGAGCAGGCUUGAGUCAUUAAAAGGUAGCGCAACAGAUGCGACAUCGAUCGAUAGUUUCGGACCACUAAGCAAUGUUCGCUUUGCCGUGUUCGCGCUCGGCUCUAGCGCGUAUCCGAACUUUUGCAACUUCGGCAAAUACGUGGACCGAUUACUUGGAGAUUUGGGAGGCGAGAGGAUACAUGAUGUGGCCACUGGUGAUGAGAUGUGCGGACAGGAUCAGGCCUUUAGGAAAUGGGCAUCUAGCGUGUUUAACGUUGCGUGUGAAACGUUCUGUUUGGAUGAUGAUGAAACUUUGCAAGAGGCCAAGAGAGCUUUAGGUACAGUUGCACUCAGCGAAGAAACUGUCAGAUUUACCCGUCCAGCUUGCAAGCCUCCUGUACUUCUGAAUGCUCUGCAAUCUACUGUGAACAGACAAUUAAUAACAUGUGUUGUCAAAGCCAAUAAAGAUUUAGGAGAUUCUAGCGCGGAACGUUCUACGAUUUUCAUAGAUAUGGAACCUCAGGGCGAAAUCAAUUAUGAUCCCGGCGAUCACGUUGGUAUAAUGGCGUGUAAUCGCAAAGAAUUAGUGGACGGCCUGCUCGCUCGGCUGAAGGACAUCGAUAAUUAUGAUGAACCGUUGCAAUUGCAACUUAUGAAAGAAACACAUACUUCAAGUGGUCCGGUAAAGUCUUGGGAACCUCAUGAACGUCUUCCGGUGGCCAGUGUUCGUGACCUAUUCACCCGUUUCUUGGAUAUAACGACCCCACCUACAACUAUCCUACUGCAAUAUUUAGCCAAAACUUGCAAUAAUGAAGACGAAAGAAAGCAAUUGAAUACGCUUGCUACUGAUCCGGCAUCUUACGAAGAUUGGCGUCAUUAUCGUUUCCCGACUUUACCCGAAGUUUUGGAACAAUUCCCAUCAGCGAAACCAAGCGCUUCUCUAUUCGCAGCUUUACUGUCUCCUUUGCAACCAAGAUUCUACUCUAUUUCGUCAUCUCCGAUCGCCCACCCCAAACGAUUGCAUCUCACUGUAGCUGUUGUCACUUAUAGGACUCAAGAUGGCGAAGGUCCUGUCCAUUAUGGUGUUUGUUCAAAUUAUCUCAUGGAUCGUAAACCUGGGGAUGAAGUGUGUCUAUUCGUGCGAAGUGCUCCAAACUUCCACCUCCCGCAUGACUUGUCCGUGCCUCUUAUACUGAUAGGCCCCGGAACAGGCAUAGCACCCUUUAGAGGAUUUUGGCAUCAUCGUAAAGCACUCCUUAACACUCGCUCACGCUCUAACAUUGGCCCAGUCUGGUUAUUCUUUGGAUGUCGGACGAAGACCAUGGACUUGUACCGAGAAGAGAAAGACCAAGCACUUAAAGAUGGCGUACUCUCGAAAGUGUUUCUCGCAUUGUCUAGAGAGAAAAAUAUUCCGAAGAUGUACGUACAAGAGUUGGCCGAAAAUGAAGGGUCGGAAAUCCAUGAUUUAUUGAUAAACAAAGGAGCACAUUUUUACGUUUGCGGUGAUUGUAAGAUGGCCGAAGACGUGCAUCAGAAACUGAAGGGAAUUAUAAAGAAACAUGGAAAUAUGACCGACGAGCAAGUACAAAACUUCAUGUUCCUGUUGAAGGAAGAGAAUCGCUACCACGAAGAUAUAUUCGGCAUCACGCUGCGCACGGCGGAGGUGCACAGCGCGUCACGCGAGUCCGCGCGCCGCAACCGCGCCGCUGCGCCA